CACACACAUACAUUCCCAUUCUUGACCUCGUUCAUGACAUUGUUAUCUUACCAAUAGAAGUGUCUUAAGAAGGAUAAAUGGAUAAUUCUUCAAAGUUUGGGGACGGAUCGUUACAAAAGCGACGGACAAGAAGCAUACGAAAGUACUUGAAUUAUCAGUGGGAGAAUGACAAAAUAGAACACAUCCGAGCAACGCUCCCUGGCAUCUCCUUCGAGGCUUUAGACGCCCCAGCUGAAAAGAUCACCCCCUGGUCACUUGUCAAGCUUUUCGACUCCCUUGAUCAAGGCUAUUUUUGGUCAGCCCCGACCAAACCAGGCGACCCGGUCUACCAGCCGAUUUUCUACAUUUUGAACCUAUGCAUGGACAUCGAAGAGGAACUCUAUGACGCUAAUACUCCCAAGUAUCCACUAGUUCUUGACAGCGUUCUUAAAUACGUGAAAAACUCCUCCCGGUGCGUUGAGAAAACGCUGUCCCAUCCCGAUACUAACACGCGCUACGCAACGUACCGUGAAAUUGACGUCAACGUUGAUUACGCAACCCGAAAACCGACGCCAUUACCUAAUUGGUGGAAAGCAAAACUGAACGUUCCGUCGGACGGUGAAAGACAACAGUUCAGCAUCCCGGCCAAACCACCCAGUGGAACAGUUUGCUCACCCCAGCGUGUCAGUUUUAGCGACACAGACGACAAUCAGCAUACAAACUUUGCUUCUUACGUAAAAUUCUGCUGUGAUGCUUUCUACGAGAACGUGGUUGCGGGACGUUACGGUAAAGAAAUCAACGUUUACGACUGUAGACUGAAACGCCUAGAAGUAACGUACCACAAAGACAGCGAGCUCGGAGAUUGCCUUGUUAUUGAGUCUUGGCAGGACGGAAUCAAUCGAGACACAUUUUUUUUCGAAAUUAGGAAGGAUUCUGAUGUUUUGCUGUCUGCAAUGCUUCGGUUCUAUGGUUCAAACAAAACACACGAUUUACAUUCUAAUCUUUGA